AUGUUCAGCGAUGGAGAUCUUGGCGGAAGAUCACUUUCACGCUGCCCCGAAUGCACAAAAACCACGAAGGAUUUCAAGACAAGUAUCGAAUUUCAUUGGCACGUUGAAGCCUGUGUGAGAUACGCCUUUGAGAACGAAGUCGUGAAUGCGUUUAAUGAUUUCCGCGUGGUUCCAUCGACGUCUCGAGCUCAGGUAGCCGAACCAGUAUCCGGAAUUGUGACCAAGGCAAAUUCCCAAUCAACUCAACGUGCGGUGGAUGUGUCAAUUCGGCAGGAUGUUAGCCAAUCUUCCACAAAAUCAAGAUUUGGAGGACAUCAUCAACAACCAUCCACCUCUAGAGAUGUAGAAAGACGAACCUUUGCGAACCAUCAACGGAAAGAUGUGGCAAUGAGAAAUUACGGGGAAACGAUUACUGGACCCGGCGGAGUACAAUUGAUGGUCACCGUCGAACAACCAUUACCACUAGAUUCACCACAACAGGACAAAGAAAAGAUGAAUCUGAAUGGAAUCACAGAGGACAGCGGUGAGGACGAGGAUGAGGAGGAAGAAGAAUUAGAGGAUUCCCCACCAGAUAUGGAAUAUGGUGGCGAGUUAAUGGAGAAUUUGGAAGAAAAUCCCGAGCAACACGAAGCGAAUGAGGAUUCGGAUGAGAUCGAGUUUGGACGCGUUGGUGGCAUGUAUCCGGCUUUUUUAUAUCCGAAAGUUAUCGGUGCUCUUGCAAACGCGAACGAUGAUCCGAAUCGACAAAAGAUGGAAUGCCCAGCUUGUGGUCUACGACUUUACAGACACAACUACUCAACUCAUUAUCGAGUCCACACCGGCGAAUUACCCUUCCCAUGUCAUUAUUGUGAUAAAAAAUUCAGAACAACUUCUGCAAGACGUGUCCAUGAGAGAGCGCACACAGGAGAGAAACCCUACAUGUGCCCAUCAUGCAAUUAUGCGGCCAUGACGAAGAGAAAUUUGGAUAGACACAUUUAUAACAAUCACAUUAGGGAUGGGCAAAGGAGAGGGCCGAGGAAUCGACGAAGCAAAUACCGUGACAUGCCUCCACCCGACAUCAUGUAUCAUUCGAUUGAGAAAGAGGUGGUGAUCGAGGAUGACGAUGAUGAAGCAAGAGUAUGGUGUACAGAGAAUGAUGAUGAUGAGCAUCACCUACAAAAGAUUUCCAUCAUUUCCGAAGAGAUUCCCAUUCAGCUGCACUCUCGUGAAGAUCAUGCAUAUGGACGAAUG